AAUUUUCCUUAAUUUCUACGUUGUUAUCGUAGUAGCAGUAGCAGUGGCAGCAGCAGCAACAAUAACAAUAGUAAUAAAAAAAAAAAAAGAGCUCGGAGAGAUGGGGAAACAUUUGGCGCCUCUCACUCGCGCUUUUGCGAUGCUACUUCUCUUAUCAGUCCUUUCCAAUAUAGCACGGUCUCAAAUCCUUUUCCAGGGCUUCAACUGGGAAUCGUGGAGAAAAGAAGGGGGUUUGUACAAUUAUCUCAAGAGCCAAGCGGAUGCUAUAGCCAACUCCAGUAUUACCCACGUGUGGCUCCCUCCACCUUCGCACUCCGUCUCCCCACAAGGUUACAUGCCAGGGAGGCUCUACGACCUAAGCGCCUCCAAGUACGGCAACGAGCAGGAGCUCCGGUCCCUGAUAGCCGCGCUGCACGCCCGCGGUGUCAAAUCCGUGGCCGACAUCGUGAUCAACCACCGGUGCGCCGACAAGAAGGACGGGCGCGGCGUGUACUGCAUCUUCGAGGGCGGCACCGCCGACGACCGCCUCGACUGGGGCCCCUCCAUGAUCUGCAGCGACGACCGCCAGUUCUCCGACGGCACGGGCCACCCGGACACGGGCCUCGACUUCGCAGCGGCACCUGACAUCGACCACCUCAACCCGCGGGUCCAGCGCGAGCUGUCCGACUGGCUCAACUGGCUCAAAACCGACCUCGGCUUCGACGGGUGGCGGUUCGACUUCGCCAAGGGGUUUUCGGCGAGCAUCGCGAGGAUGUACGUGGAGAACACCUCGCCGGAGUUCGUGGUGGCGGAGAUAUGGAGCUCGCUGGCGUACGGGAGCGACGGAAAGCCGGCGAGCAAUCAGGAUGCGGAGAGGCAGGAGCUGGUGAACUGGGUGAGCGCGGUGGGCGGGCCGGCGACGGCGUUCGACUUCACGACGAAGGGGAUACUGCAGGCGGCAGUGCAGGGGGAGCUGUGGCGGAUGCGUGACGGCGGCGGGAAGGCGCCCGGGAUGCUCGGCUGGUGGCCGGAGAAGGCGGUCACGUUCGUCGACAAUCACGACACCGGAUCCACGCAGAGGCUGUGGCCGUUCCCUUCCGAUAAGGUCAUGCAGGGCUACGCCUACAUUCUCACACAUCCGGGGAUCCCCAGCAUUUUCUAUGAUCAUUUGUUCGACUGGGGACUGAAGGACGAGAUCAGCACGUUGGCGGCAAUAAGAUGCCGAAACGGCAUCCAUCCUGCAAGUGCGCUGCGCAUCCUCGUCGCCGACGCCGAUCUCUAUGUGGCGGUGAUUGACGAGAAGAUCAUCGUCAAGAUGGGGCCCCGAUACGACAUCGGAAACAUUAUCCCCUCCAAUUUCCACACAACUGCUCAUGGCAAUGGCUACUGCAUUUGGGAGAAGAUCAGGUCGUCCUAAAGCGCGCUGAAAUAGGCGCGCCACUUUAGAUGCAAUUGCUUGAAUCAUUUUGUUGUGAUGCUUCUACAUGUUAUGCUUUCCAAUUUCCUUUUCUUUUUUUUUUUGUUUUUGUUUUUGUUUUGGUUGUGUGCGCUUGUGU